GAAAGAGGAAGAGUGAGAGAAAUGGCAGCGAAAUUGUAAUGUCGCAAAUUUGUAUUCAAUUUGUAAGCAACGCAGAUAAUUGUGAAACAAAAAAACAUUGUAAUCAAACCGGAAGAAUUUCAAAUAUUUGAUGCUGUCUGCAUUAACUACUUGGCUGCCCCUUAAAUAAAUAAAUAACAUUGGGCAAAAGAAUUAAUGCAAAAAAAAAAUAAAAAUACAAAUAAAUAAAGUGCUAAUACAUUGGAGCAAAUGAGCAGUCGGCUAGCACUACGUUGGUGAGCAUUCAAAGCACACAAAUCAGCCGGCCAGCCGAUCAAAUGUUGUGCUGAGCGCGCAAGUGCCAUCGCGGUAGCCAGUGUUCUCUCAACUCAACACUCACUCGCAAAGCAUACGAUUUUUGGAACCAAUUGGCGCCGUCACAAAUUAACAGUCAGUAUCCAAGAGUCGGCCGGUGUGUCCACGCCGUUGAAACGCACGCUGUGGCAGUGCAGCUGGUUUAGUUUUAUUUUAUUUUAGUGCUUGGCUUCACCAGCACAACUUUUGCUGACCGUCUAUUUGAACAAAUUUCUGAGAAAAAGAUAGUAAGUAACUUACUAACUCAGCAGGGAAUGCCGUGAAGUGAUAUGUGCUGACACGUGGAACGAAAAAAUUUACUAAAACAAAAAAAUUUUCAUAGCGUGGCAGUGCGAGGCUUAAGCAUUUGUGUAUAACAUUUUGGAAUAAGCAAAUUAAUAAAGUGACAGGAAACUGUGUUCCGGUGAAAACAACGCCCAGUCCCCCCCGCCUGUGACCCCGCCACAAAAAAAUGACAACAUCGGCAUUUAAAAAUCAGCGUAACAACGCAUCGCAUAGUGAUGCGGAAGCUGAUGGUCGCAUUGCUAAUGAAGCGAAUGCUGCAAAUCUAGAUCACACAAUAGAAAAAACGGAUUCCGAAGAAGACGCUUGGUCAUCCACCGGUUAUAAUUACAUCAAUCCAUUUGUGCACCGGUUGCAGAUUGACAAUAACGUCGAUUUGGCGAAGAUUUAUGUGCUAACAGCGAUUUUGCUGCCCUUUCGCGUAGUCGGCUGUGUUCUCUCCCUGCUAUCCGCUUGGAUGUUUGCCUGCAUCGGCCUGUACGGUCUGUCCAUUGAUGAUCUUAUGGCAAAACCAAUAAGCGGCUGGCGAAAACAAUUUCAGCGCGUCACGUCUGGUGCUAUGCGUUUGCUAUUCGCGUCUGGCACCUUUUACAACGUCAAGCUGACUGGCCAGCGUGCGUCACCUAAACAAGCACCCAUUAUGGUGGUAGCCCCACACUCGUCGUAUGUCGAUUCGAUUAUUGUUGUAGCGACUGGACCGCCGUCGAUUGUGGCAAAGCGCGAAACAGCCGAUAUACCUCUCCUGGGCAAAAUCAUUAACUUUGCCCAACCCAUUUAUGUGCAACGCGAGGAUCCGAAUUCGCGUCAGAAUACGAUAAGGCAGAUUGUGCAGCGCGCACGCUCGGAAGAUGAAUGGCCACAAGUGGUAAUUUUUGCCGAGGGCACUUGCACCAAUCGCAAGGCAUUGAUUAAAUUCAAGCCUGGUGCUUUCUACCCCGGGGUGCCAGUGCAGCCAGUGCUAUUGAAGUACCCUAAUAAAUAUGAUACAUUCACAUGGACGUGGGAUGGUCCGGGCGUUCUCAAGUUGUUGUGGUUUACAAUGGCACAAUUCUACAACCGUUGCGAAAUUGAAUUUUUGCCCGUCUACACGCCAUCGGAAGAGGAAAAAGUUGACGCGAAUUUAUAUGCGCAAAAUGUGCGCGAAGUUAUGGCCAAAGCGCUUGGUGUGCCAACAUCAGAAUAUUCAUACGAAGAUGUGAUUACAAUGAGUCGGGCCAAAGAUAUGCGCGUACCCUUCCCCGGUGAUAUCAUCGAAAUCGAGAGGGUGCUUUACGGUUUGAGCUUCCUACCGGACUCCACACGUGACCAAGAAUUAGUCGCUGAUUUCCUUAGCUUAAACAAUACUGACCACUUAGACAUAUUCACCUUUGCUGAACUGCUGCAAAUCGAUGUAAAAAAUACGUAUCUACACCAGCUUUUUGCACUUUUAGAUCACCACCACAACUACACAAUUAACUUGAAGAGUUUUCUCUUAUGCUCACAAUUUUGUAAAUUGAAAAAUGAAGAAAUCAUCGUAUUUCUGCGUGCUAUAACAAAUCUCUAUGCCGAGUCGUCGCAACGUAUUACCCGCCAAAGUUUCGCUCGCAUCCUGAGGCACACGGGAAAAAUGACGCCGGAAAAGUGUGAUGCAUUGUUUUUCGCAAUCGAUAACACGAACAAAGGCUGCAUUGCGUUUGGUGACUUCGAGCACUACACCAAGGAUCAUCCGCAGUACAAAUUUCUGUAUAAGAAACAGGAACACCUACGAAGAACGCAGGCGGGUGGCAACGUUAAGAAAACCAAUUAAAAAGUGGACAAAAUAAGAUGAAGAAAAAAUAAGCGCUUGUAUAUGCAAUUUGUGGGUGUAUGUGUGCGUGUGUGUGUGUGUGCCAGCUGUCAUGGUGUAUGCGGCGUUGAGAUGCAACUUGAAAUUGAUAAUGGAUUUUAGUAUUAGCAAAAUACGAUGACGCAUGCAUAGGUGAAACAACAGUUAUAUUCAUUUAAUUUCGAUUUUUUAAAAACUUUAUGAAACAACAACAGCAAAGUGACAAAGUAAAAAGUAAAGCAUUUCUAAUAAUUGUAAAAUUAUAACUUGAAAAAAAAAAAUAAGAUGUAGAAAAUGCAAAUUCAAUAUUUAUAACAAAUUUAUUUGUUUUCAUUAGUUUAAAUUUGACGCUUGGCAUGAGAUAAUUGAUAAGAAUAAAAUGUUGUUUUAAAUUCUUAACGCAAAUGUUGCGCUAAUUUAAGAAAAUCGAAAAUUGAGGUUAUGAAGUGAAGCAAAAGGGUUAGAGAUGGGGAUUACUCAGAGUUGGGGGUAAUGGAUUAAAUAAGCAGGGCAAUAAGCGGAUAGUUAAAACACUGAAAAACUGAAGAUUUAUUGGUCAUGAAGCCCUUACUUUAACUACAACUAAAACAAAUUAGUGGUAGUGCAAAAUGCCCAACUCUGUUAUCCUGGUAUCAUCACUAUCACCAGCUACGCCACCUAAAAGUAACAGUAUCAAUGUCAGCCUUGCUUUGCUCAAUGUGCGAUUCAGUAGCUUAUUGCAUAUCCUCAUUUAAGGGCAUUGGAUUUUAUUUAUUUCAAAGAAAAAAAAAAUACAAAUUACUUUUGCUCGUU